CUAUCUCUCCCUAUCACACACUCUCGGGAGCAGCGCUUUGACGCACCACGCAGAGUUGGAUUAUAGUAUUGCGCGCUGGUCUUUCACGGGGCUUUUUUUUCUCCUCCCUCGCGCUGCCUAUACCGUUGCCACUGACCGGCUAUUGAUACAUGAUCGGAUCGAUCAACAUCUGUCCACCACGUUGACCUCUGCUGAGCUUCUUUUUUUUUUUUUGGUGGUGGGGAAACUAAGCGCCGCUUGCCGAUGCCUCCUGUCCGGACGCGUGUUGUGAAUUAAUAACCAAGACAGCCUCACCUGGAGCGCGCGCGUGUGUGCGCACUAAAGUGUGCGUUUCUCUGGAUCGGAUCAAGGAUCGAGGUGUUUUAACUGGCUUUGGUUCCGCACAUAUACACCUACACACAAACCGGGGGGAUUUGGGCACCGCAUGCCGGGGACAUGUGGAAGUUUGCCCCGCUUUAGCGCAGCCAAAGAGCCGGUCCGCCGCCUCGUCGACCUCCCCUCUGCCUGCCCAGUGGGGACCAAAUUCCCGGUUCACAGCCUUCAGGCAUCAAAACCUCUCCGAGGAGACCCAAAUGUAAAUUCAGAGCGAGAAAUUUCGGAAACACACGUCUGAAAAGGGGGGGGGGAGGACAACGAAACGGGGAGGACAGCAUCCCGUUCGCGCCGCAGAGUUUGGUGAGCUGCUUUCGGGGGAUAUCGUGGCUUUUAUUUUUUUCAACGCCCUUGUGUUUUCUCAGUUUUUUUUUUGUGGGUCUGACGUUGUGGCCCCCCACUUGCCGCAGUGAUGGUGGGAGCUCUGAGCCCCGCUGGCCCCGGCCGCUCCCCGGUGACCGCGCUGGGGCUGCUGGUGGCCGUUCUGCUAUCGGUCCUGUCCGGUGGAGCGGACGGACAGCCCUGCCCGGCACAGUGCUCCUGCACGGGGACUACAGUGGACUGUCACGGACAGGGGCUCCGCAGCGUGCCCAGGAACAUACCCCGCAACACGGAGAGACUGGAUCUGAAUGCAAACAACCUCACUAAAAUCACAAAGGCGGAUUUGGCAGGACUGAGGCAUCUGCGAGUGUUGCAGCUAAUGGAGAACAAAAUCACCACGAUUGAGAGAGGGGCCUUCCAGGACCUGAAGGAACUGGAGAGACUGCGCCUGAAUCGGAAUAAUCUGGCCGUCUUCCCCGAGCUGCUUUUCCUGGGAACGACAAAGCUUUACAGACUGGAUCUCAGCGAGAACCAGAUCCAGGGGGUCCCGAGGAAAGCCUUCAGGGGAGCCGUGGAGAUCAAGAACCUCCAGUUGGACUACAACCACAUCAGCUGCAUCGAAGACGGGGCUUUCCGAGCGCUGCGUGACCUGGAAGUGCUCACCCUCAACAACAACAACAUCAGCCGACUGUCCGUGGCCAGUUUCAACCACAUGCCCAAGCUCAGGACCUUCCGCCUGCACUCCAACAACCUGCAGUGUGACUGCCAAGUGGCCUGGCUGUCGGAGUGGCUGCGGCAGCGCCCCCGCCUGGGCCUCUACACGCAGUGCAUGGCCCCGCCGCACCUGCGGGGGCACAACGUGGCCGAGGUGCAGAAGAAGGAGUUCGCCUGCGCAGUUUACACACAGUUUAAAGAGGGCGAAACAUCAGAGAAAUGUGACAGACGUUGGCAGUGGGCAUCAAAGCUUCUUAUCGGGGAAUGUUCCCCAAAGCCGGAGGCCCCCAGGGACCGCGCAGCAGUCAACAAUACAGCAGAGAUAGCUCUGCGAUACGGGCCGACGUUAAUGCCGCCCCUUCAACGGUCUGUGUGUAUGUUUGGUUCCAGACGACUGGAGCAGAACGCCAUCAAGGUGAUCCCAGCCGGAGCCUUCUCUUCUUAUAAGAAGCUGCGCAGGAUAGACUUGAGCAACAACCAGAUAUCAGAGUUGGCCUCGGACGCCUUCCAAGGUCUGCGCUCCCUCAACUCCCUGGUGCUGUAUGGGAAUAAGAUCACUGAGAUUUCCAAGGCACUGUUUGAGGGACUGUUUUCUCUGCAGCUAUUGUUACUGAAUGCUAAUAAGAUAGCGUGCCUGCGUGUGGACGCAUUUCAGGACCUCCACAACCUCAAUCUGCUCUCACUCUAUGACAACAAGCUCCAGACCAUCGCCAAGGGGACCUUCUCGUCGCUUAGAGCCAUACAAACACUUCACUUAGCCCAAAACCCGUUCAUCUGCGACUGCCACCUGAAGUGGCUGGCAGACUACCUGCAGGACAAUCCCAUCGAGACGAGCGGCGCCCGCUGCACCAGCCCCCGGCGGCUCGCCAACAAACGCAUCGGACAGAUCAAGAGCAAGAAGUUUCGCUGCUCAGCUAGAGAACAGUAUUUCUUCCCAGGUACUGAGGAUUACCGCAGCAAGCUAGGAGGGGACUGCUUCGCCGACUUGGCCUGCCCGGAGAAGUGCCGCUGUGAGGGCACCACGGUCGACUGCUCCAACCAGAAACUCACCAAGAUACCAGACCACGUCCCCCAGUACACCGCCGAGCUGCGCCUGAACAACAAUGAAUUCACCGUGCUGGAGGCGACAGGGAUCUUCAAAAAGUUGCCUCAGCUAAGGAAGAUUAACCUGAGCAACAACCGCAUCACCGACAUAGAGGAGGGGUCGUUUGAGGGAGCCUCGGGGGUCAAUGAGUUGAUUCUCACCUCCAAUAGGCUGGAGAACAUUCACCACCUUAUGCUGAAGGGACUCAGCGGCCUGCGCACACUCAUGCUGAGGAGCAACCGUAUCAGCUGUGUGAGCAACAGCAGCUUCGUGGGUUUGAGUUCAGUGCGUCUCCUGUCGCUCUACGACAACCAGAUCACCUCCAUGAACCCCGGAGCCUUCGACACACUGCACUCCCUGUCCACGCUAAACCUUCUGGCCAAUCCCUUCAACUGUAACUGUCACCUGGCUUGGCUCGGCGAUUGGCUGAGGAGGAAACGCAUCGUCACCGGCAACCCUCGCUGCCAGAGUCCGUAUUUCUUGAAGGAGAUCCCCAUCCAGGACGUAGCUGUCCAGGACUUUGCCUGUGAAGAUGGUAAUGAUGACAACAGCUGCUCCCCGGUGCUGAGGUGUCCGGCCGAGUGUUCCUGUCUGGACACCGUGGUGCGCUGCAGCAACAAGGGCCUCAGCACGCUGCCCAAAGGCCUCCCCAAAGAGACCACCGAACUGUAUCUGGACGGUAACCACUUCACUCAGGUUCCCGCGGAGCUCUCCAAUUACAAACACUUAACGCUCAUUGAUUUGAGUAACAACCAGAUCAGCACGUUGUCCAACCACAGCCUCAGUAACAUGUCCGAGCUGCUUACUCUAAUCCUGAGCUACAACCGCCUGCGGUGCAUCCCAGUGAGGGCGUUCGAUGGACUCAAGUCUCUCCGUCUGCUGUCUCUCCACGGCAACGACAUAUCACUGAUACCAGAGGGAGCUUUCAAAGACCUGUCGUCGCUCUCCCAUCUGGCGCUGGGGGCCAACCCCCUGCACUGCGACUGCCACAUGCAGUGGCUGUCAGACUGGGUGAAGAGCGGCUACAAGGAGCCCGGCAUCGCCCGCUGCGCCGGGCCCGGCGACAUGACCGACAAACUGCUGCUCACCACGCCCUCCAAAAAGUUCACCUGCACAGGUCCGGUAGACGUGAGUAUCCAGGCGAAGUGCGAGCCCUGCCUGUCCAACCCCUGCAAGAACGACGGCACCUGCUCCAACGACCCGGUGCACUACUACCGCUGCACCUGCCCCUACGGGUUCAAGGGACAGAACUGCGAGGAGCCCAUUCAUGCCUGUAUCGCUAACCCGUGCCAGAAUGGUGGCAUUUGCCACCUGAAGGAAGGAGAAGGAAGCAACUUUUGGUGUGUGUGUCCGGAGGGCUUCGAGGGCGACUCAUGCGAGAUCAACUUCGAUGACUGUGAGGACAACGACUGCGAGAACAACUCCACCUGCGUCGACGGAAUCAACAACUACACGUGCAUGUGCUCCCCAGAAUACACAGGGGAGCUUUGUGAAGAGAAACUGGAUUUCUGCGCUCCAGAGCUGAACCCAUGUCAACACGACUCAAAGUGCAUUUUGACCCCUCAGGGAUACAAGUGCGAGUGCACUCCAGGCUACGUGGGUGAGCACUGUGAUCUGGACUACGACGACUGCGAGGAGAACAAGUGUCAGAACGGAGGCCAGUGCAUUGACGCGGUGAACGGGUACACCUGCGUCUGUCCAGAGGGAUACAGCGGGUUAUUCUGCAAGUUCUCUCCCCCGAUGGUCCUUCCUCGCACCAGCCAGUGUGACAACCACGAGUGCCUGAACGAGGCGCAGUGCGUUGUCAUGGGAGCAGACCCGCGCUGCCAGUGCCUCCACGGCUACGAGGGCGAGCGCUGCGAGACGCUCGUCAGCGUCAACUUCGUCAACCGAGAGUCCUACCUGCAACUCCCCUCCAGUCUCCUCUCGCCAGAGACCAACAUCAGCCUGCAGAUUGCCACAGACGAGGACAGUGGCGUGCUGCUGUACAAAGGGGACAACGAUCACAUCGCCAUGGAGCUGUACAGGGGACGCCUCAGGGUCAGCUACGAAACCGGAUCCUACCCUCCCUCUGCUAUAUACAGCGUGGAGACAGUGAAUGAUGGCAGCUUCCACGCUGUGGAGUUGGUCGCAUCGGAACAGACUUUGUCUCUGUCCAUCGACGGCGGGCCACCCAAAUCCAUCAACUCCAUCAGCAAAGAGUCCACACUCAACAUAGACUCUCCGCUGUACCUGGGAGGUAUGCCAGAACGUGCCUCGGCCUCCGGGGGCCUCUCGUCCCUGCAGCAUAGCUCGGGCGGACGCAACGGCACCAGCUUCCACGGCUGCCUCCGUAACCUGUACAUCAACGGGAAGCUGCAGGACCUGGGGGCCGGAGUGGGGGCAGGGGCUCCGGGCCCCGGGGCCGCACUGGGCGACGCCAGACAGUGGCUGGGCCACGGGGUGGAGGCGGGCUGCCAGCCCUGCCAAAGGGGCGCCUGCGUCCAGGGAGACUGCCACCCGACCGGGCAUCGCGGCUUCACCUGCACCUGCAACCCGGGCUGGACGGGAACGGUGUGCGACCAGCAGGUCAACAACCCCUGCGACGGCAACAAGUGUAUCCACGGCACCUGCCUCCCGAUCAACUCCUACUCCUACUCCUGCCGCUGCCAGCCCGGCUUCGCUGGCGUCCUGUGCGACGAGCAGGACCAGGACGCAGCCAACACCUGCAGUCCGUCCCGAUGCAAACACGGCAAAUGCAGAGUGUCGGGCCUGGGCAAGGCGUACUGCGAGUGUAACGGCGGGUACACAGGAGAGGCGUGCGACAAAGAGGUGGCCUGCCGAGGGGAACGGGUCCGAGAUGUCUACCAGAGGCAGCAAGGCUACGCGGCGUGCCAAACCCAGGAGAAGGUCUCCCGCCUAGAGUGCCGGGGCAGCUGCGCGGGGGGAGCAGACGGACAGGGCACCUGCUGCACCCCCCUCCGCAGCAAACGCAGGAAAUACACCUUCCAGUGCACCGACGGCUCGUCUUUUGUCCAGGAAGUGGAGAAAGUGGUCAAGUGUGGCUGUACAAAGUGUUCCUCGUAAAAAAAAGAGCGAUUCUCCCCCCUCCAGAUUUAUAUUCUUGCCCGCCUUACUGGAUGUCCAAGGUCCCGAUUCCUUCCUGAGAAAAACCCUUCACCUUCCACGGUCCCCUCCCCCCAACCAUCCCUGUUUUUUGUUUGUUUUUUUAAACCCUUAAAAAAAAAAGGCAAAAAAAAAAAAAAGAGAAACAACUAAAAAAGAAUUUUGUUUCUUUGUCAGUGCUGGACUGAUGAUUGAUGCUUCCUCGGUGGGGAUGUUGAAUUGUAUUGUAAAGUACAAAAACAGACUUAUUUUUUAUUAUGAAGUGGAGAAAAAGACAAAAAAAAGACAAAAAAACACACAAGAGUUGACUUUUUCCUUACUUCUUUUUCUUUGGUCGUGACGACUCUGACGGCGUGCCACGCUUGUCUCUUCCCCCGGGAUGGCCGACCGCCUCCCCAUAGACUUCCUGCUUCCCGUCUGUGAGUUGUGUGUUUUUAGGAGUAACCUUAAUUGGUAGUACCACGGACUCACCGCUAGGAGGAGCUGCAUUGAGAGCACGGGAGACGGCGGGCAGCGAUAACCCCCCCCCCCCCCCCUACAACACGAGGAACCACCACUGUAGACCCCCAGAACCCUCGGAGACUGUGUGCACGAUCCCACACACAGCUGUGGUCAAACUCCUGUUAUUUCUUACAGCUACUGAACAACACACACACACACACACACAAGUGCUCUCACAUGUAGAAGAGUUACACAUAAUACCUGCCAGGUUGGAUACAGUACACUCUGUUUAUCUACCCCCCCUCCCCAGUCAUGAAUGACAAGUAUUUAUUGUAUCAUAAAUACCUGUACUUAUUCAGUAGAUCCCAUAUGUAUCAAUCUGAUUCUUUUAAUAUAUAUUAAUUUAUAUUUGUCCUUAUUUUUGUAUUAAAAAAAGACAUAAUCUGUCAAGAUAGCUGAACUAACAAAAUGGUGUUCUUUAUUUUGGUUUAAGAGAAUUUUGUUUUUUUUGGAUCACUGAAACUAUUGUGCUUGCCAGAGAUCUUAGUUACAUUUUAAUCUGCAAAUGUGACGUGAAGACAUUGUAUAUUUUUUUGUCGCGUUUCCUGAGAGUUUGUACUGUGCCAUUGCCAGAAGGUCUUUAUAUUAGAGUAUAAAUGUAUAGAUCAUUUUCUUCCCUACCUAUGUAUUUCACACACACAAUCUCGUGAGUAGCAUUGACCCUAGGGGAUGCUUAGGAACUGUUUUUACCUUUUUAACAAAUUUAUGCUUAAAGAAUACUGUGACUUUUUCUAAAUGAAACUACUUUGUUAGCCCCUCCCCCACCCCCCCGGUCUCCGAUGUUAACAUGUUGCUGCUAAGUUUUUGUACCGUAGACUUGGAUCCUGAUCUGUAUGUUAUAUAGAACUUCCUGCUCCUACUGUACGGGGGCACCUUGUGUAACAGAUAAAUACGUCCCCGUCCCCCUCUACACAUGUGCAUUGUGCUUUAUAUUCCCCUCUUCUCCAUCCCCAGACUAAUGUCAGUUCCCUGACUGAUGUUUGUUUAUUAAACACAAUAUUUACCUCACACCUUCGCCUUUUCUUUUUUGAUGAUCGAAGAGGUCCAAGUUGGAAACGUUCCCCUUCGAUACGUCUUCAUCAACACACGCAACUCUUCUCUCUCAACAAAUUAACCUUCCCCGAUCUCAUAUGCUCCUCCACUUUCCGUUAGAGGAAUUUUGGAGCAUGCACAUAACUGUGAAACCAGUUUAGUCCCACUAUACUAAAUGCUAAGCCGGUUACGGUUUCUCAUUGCCAACAAAACCAAUGAAAAGAGUCAAAAUAACAAUGCCCCCCCCUGCCCAUUAUCUGCUGUCUGUGUAGCCAAAGCGUGAUAUAGUUUAUUCCUCCGUGUGCCGGAACCUUCAUUGUUGUCCCAAUACUAUUAUAAACACAUCAAUAAGGUUGACCGUAUUUGUUCGAGGUAAUCCCACACAGACCGAUUUGCUGCUGUAAAUACUAGCAUAGUUAGCGUACCAAAUGCGAAUUCAUCCGCAGCUGUAAAUAGUCCCCAAGAAAUGCACUAUUUGGUCCUGUUUUAGUCACAUAUCCUGAAAACAAAUUUUGUUAUUUUAUUUAAUGUCAUUUUAUUGUGAUUUGUUUGUAAAUAUUUUUUUCCUUAUUCAUAAAUACACUGCAUAUUUGUGCAUGAACAAAUCAGCUUGAUAGACAAGGUAGGAAAGUCGGAAGUAUUGUGGGAUGGACCAACGCAUUUGUCGUCUAUUCAUGGGAUUUGUUAACAAAAGAAAUGCCAGCCCCAUCAUAUAAUGUUUUUGUAUUAGAGGUAACAGGAGAUUAAUGUGUGUUUACGCUCAAUGUCUUAAAAAAACUAUACUUACGUUGUUUUAGUCGAAAUUCUAAGAAUGUACUAUUUUUUAAGUUAGACUCACAGAGGAGACAAAGACACACUAAACUGAAAACACUGGAUACAUCUUUCCCUCAGUAGCAGCAGGCUUCAGCUAGCGGCUAACGAUGACAACAACUUCCUUCAACGUGGAUGACUAACCAGAGAAUACAUACAUUGUUGGAGUUAUUAGUUUUAUAAAGUCUCUAAAAACACGAUGGAUUACUGAGCGUCUCAAAAAGGACCGCACCGCCGGAGCCCUCGUUGGAACGCUACAGCAGUGACGGAGCGGAGGCCAUUUUGAGUUUCUAAACUGCAGCAUUCCAAAUUGAUUUAAAAACAAGUAGUAAUUGGAGUACUUUGAUGUCACAUGCGACAGAAGGGUUUGGGUUUGUCACCCACCUGUACUACGGCCUCUCACUGCCGUCAAGACAGCCUCCAUUUUUUUUUUAAACACGGUGAAGCUAGUUUGUUUUGUUUUUAAGAGCCGACUUCAAAAUAAAUGCCACAUUCUGGUGAAUGCCAUAGUCAAUUUCCCAUUCAUUCAAUAAGUCAGUCAGUCCGUCGAUAAAAAAAUAAACACAUAAAUUAAUUAAUU